UUGCGUUGAACGCCGAUCGUUUAGCAGGGCUCAAGUGGUGCUGGCGAUAAGAUGGAAUAAAAUCGGUUUUUAAUGUUUUUCCAUAGCACUUGAAACGGUCGCACUUAAUUUUCAAAUAGCGAUUUCUGUUAUCAGCGCAUAAACAAAUGAUUAAAUGUAUAUUACGUUGACAGUGCCAGGAAUAUUUGCUCAUUGGCGAGUAAAGUUCCAGCUAGACUAGAAUUGCACACGUAGCAAUUUUGUUUUCUGGUGGUGGGUAUCCGAUACUGAUGAAAAGAUGAAGGGAAAUAGCACGAUCUUGGUGACUGGCGGUGCCGGUUAUGUGGGCUCGCAUACUGUCGUAGAACUGCUUAAGAACAAUUACUCAGUGAUCGCUAUAGACAAUAUGGUUAACUGCUACGCUAAGGCGAACGACAAGCCCGAGGCGCUCAAAAGAGUCGAGCAGAUCACCGGUGAAACGGUCACCUUCUAUAAUGUGGACAUUCGCGACAGAGAUGCUCUGGACAGAAUAUUCAAAGCGCACAAAAUCGACUCGGUUAUCCACUUUGCGGCCCUAAAGGCCGUGGGGGAGUCCGUCAAAGUGCCCCUGAUGUACUACCAGAACAACAUUGGCGGCUCAGGCACUCUCUUUGAGGUGAUGUCGAAAAACGGCGUGAAAAAGCUGGUGUUUUCGUCCUCGGCCACCGUCUACGGAACGCCCCAAUUCCUGCCAAUCACCGAAGAGCAUCCGACCGGGCAAGGAUGCACCAAUCCGUACGGCAAAACCAAAUACUUUGUGGAGGAGAUCUUGAAGGAUCUUUGCACAAGUGACCCAGAAUGGAAGGUGAUUUUGCUGCGCUACUUCAACCCGGUAGGGGCGCACGAGUCUGGAUUGAUCGGCGAAGACCCGUCGGGGAUUCCUAAUAAUCUGAUGCCCUACAUUGCGCAGGUGGCUGUGGGUCGCAGAGACAAAUUGCACGUAUUUGGCAACGAUUAUCCCACGCACGACGGAACGGGGGUUCGGGACUACAUCCACAUUACCGACCUGGCCAUCGGGCACUUGAAGGCUUUGGAAAAAAUGAUGCAACCCACCUUCAGCUCUUGGACGGCCUACAAUCUGGGAACAGGCCGCGGCUAUUCAGUGCUUGACGUGCUGAAGGCCUUUGAAAAGGCCUCGGGCAAGCCAAUACAGUACGAGCUGGAAGGCCGUCGAGAGGGCGACAUUGCCGAGUGCUACGCCGACGCAUCGCUGGCCAGGACGGAGUUGAACUGGACAGCCACGCGGGACAUCUUCCUCAUGUGCCAGGACACUUGGAACUGGCAGCAGAAGAACCCGAAAGGCUUCCAAAGCCCCUAGGAUAACUGCUAUUGCUCAUAUACAUACAGAGGGUGGAGGUGGUGUUCAAGCCAAGCCCAGUGCGUUGAAAAUCAUCUUCUGGCCAUCGUCAAAGUGACCGGAGUUCGCUUCGACGAUGUUUAGGGAGGGUAGGGUUCAUUUAAUCGUAAGCAUUUAAACCGUUCUCGGGCAUGUGAUGUAAAGCAUUUAUCUUUCCUCAGGUGCUAUGUAUUAAUCCCCCGGUUUGUACAUAACUGUUUCAAUUUAAUUUAUUGGGCCUUAUUGUAUAUAUUAGUCGUAUUCAUUUAUUGCUUCCUUUUGGACAAUGAAUUGAUCAAACACUAGAA